CGCUGGAGGAGGGUGCAGCGAUAGUCACUCUUUUGUUUCUCUUGCCAUCAGUAUGAAGGAGACGUAACCAGUUCAUAACAUCAGGCUUCCUGCAGAACAGAGCCCAUCCUUGAAUUUGAAUUGCAAAUGCUUGUGAAAUUUUUUUUUUUUUUUUUUUUUUUUUUUUGACGUGUGGUAGGUGUGUUGGUUCGCAAAUCUGUGGACUUCUUCAUUUCACAGGUGCAUGAGUUAGAUUUGUUGUCAAGUUUUGGUUUAACAUGCGUUUACCCUGUAUUUUGUAAGCUUUUAUUCUGCUAUAGAUUAAUCGCGAUGCAUCCCUAGUUCGAUUGCAUUCCUGUUUAAAGACGAAGUGUGAACGCUGAUUGUUGGAACACCAGUAUAUUACAAACCAUUUGGGGAAGUUGAUAGACAGCCAGUCUUUGUAAGUACAAGCAGCACAGUUGUCUAGCAGCGAACAGCUGCAAAGCAGACAUGAAGACGGAUGUGUGUGAGUGUAUCAAGAAUUUUAGCCCUAUUUUUUAUUGAUUGAGGACCUUUUCCUUUCAAAAAUCAGCUUGGCACUGCCACAGAACCAAAGAUGGAGCAGUUUUCAGAUGAUGAACUGGAUCAUGCUGCAGAGGAGGACAGCGAUAAAGAAGACCAGGACCUGGAUAAAAUGUUUGGAGCAUGGCUCGGGGAGCUGGACAAACUAACAAAGAGUCUGGAUGACGGGAGACCAGAGAAGGUGCAGAAGGCCCCACUCAGACAAGAGUCAAACAUGGCCAACAUGGCCUACCGCUUCUCAGUUUAUAACAUAAAUGAGGCUCUGAACCAGGGUGAUUCUGUAGAUCUGGAUGCUCUGAUGGCAGACCUCUGCUCCAUCGAGCAGGAGCUCAGCACCAUCGGUAAGCCCGGCGGCUCCACUCGCCACGCCCUGUCAGGAGACGGCAAAGUCCGCCAGAAACCUCCGGCCGGCCGCAGUCACAGCACCAAGCACACGGGCAGCGGUGGCAGCGGGGGGGCGAGCAGCAGCGGCGGGAGCACCAGCAGCAGCACCCGCGCAUCACCCGCAUCUACGGUCAGAGUGGGCAGCACCAGCAGCAGACCACCUCUGGCGUCUAACUUCUCCCUGGAUGACAUCACAGCCCAGCUGGAGAAGGCCUCCCAAAGCAUGGACGAAGCAGCCAGACAGAGCACCACGUCUUUAGCCUCUACAUCCUCCGCUCCGUACUCUUCCUCCACCGUAAAGCGGCCGACCUCCCACCAUCAUCGCAGGACGGGGUCGGUGGGUACGGUCACAGAGCAUGAGGUGCGGCCCUUUGUCCAUUCUUCUCGCUCUAGCAUUAACUCCGCCUCUGCGUCCAGCAUGGACUCGCUGGACAUCGACAAACCCAAGUCUGAUCAGGACGGGGUACGAGAUGGGCAGGACCAGCCGAGUACAGAGCACUCGUAUCUGGACAGGGAGACCUCUCUCAUUCUGAAAAGCAUUGCAGGAAAGCCCUCUCACUUGCUGACCAAGGAAGAGCAAGCUGCCAAACAAAAAGCUGAAAACAUCCGAGUGGCUUUGGAGAAGAUUAAGGAGGCGCAAGUUAAAAAGUUGGUUAUCCGAGUGCACCUAUCAGAUGAAAGCUCCAAGACUAUGAUGGUGGAUGAGAGACAGACGGUGCGUCAAGUUCUGGACAGUCUGCUGGACAAAUCCCAUUGUGGUUAUAGCCUGGACUGGUGUCUGGUAGAAGUCAUCUCUGAACUCCAGAUGGAGAGAAUCUUUGAGGAUCAUGAGAACCUGGUGGAGAAUCUUCUGAACUGGACUAGAGACAGCACCAACAGAUUGAUGUUCAUUGAACGAAUUGAGAAAUAUGCUCUUUUCAAAAACCCACAGAACUAUUUGCUGGGGCGGAAGGAGACGUGUGAGAUGGCAGACAGAAAUAAGGAGGCUUUGCUGGAGGAAUGUUUUUGUGGUAGCUCCGUCAGUGUGCCUGAGAUGGAAGGAGUGCUGUGGCUUAAAGACGACGGCAAGAAAUCAUGGAAGAAGCGCUACUUCCUGUUACGAGCUUCGGGGAUAUAUUAUGUGCCAAAGGGUAAAGCCAAGGCCUCUAGAGACCUGGUUUGUUUCCUACAGCUGGAUCAUGUUAAUGUGUAUUUGGGUCAGGACUAUCGCAGCAAAUAUAAAGCCCCAACUGACUACUGUAUGGUCCUGAAGCACCCUCAGAUUCAGAAGAAAUCACAGUACAUUAAGUAUCUUUGCUGUGAUGAUGUCAGAACGUUACAUCAGUGGGUCAAUGGGCUACGCAUCGCUAAGUAUGGGAAGCAGCUGUAUUUGAACUACCAGGAGGCUAUGAAGCGCACAGAGGCUGCUCAUGACUGGUCUUCCCUUUCCAGUUCCAGUAUGAAGUCUGGCUCCAGUUCCUCCAGUAUACCAGAAUCUCAAUCUAACCACUCUAGCCAAUCAGACAGCGGCGUGUCAGAGACCACAUCCUCUGCUCAUAUUCGCUCUCAAAGUGUGGUCAGUUCCAUCUUUUCUGAGGCUUGGAAGAGAGGCAAUCAGGCUGAUGAGUCUAAGGUGAGAAUGGAUUCUGCCCCACAAACACAGCCUGCUAGAACCUCUUACCCUCUACAGCUGCCCCAGGUACCACAGUCUACCCAGUCACGUAGCAGCUUCAGCGGUUUGUCUCCGAUGUCCCCUCCCUCGCCUCCAUCUCCUCCACCGCCUCCUCCACCUCCUCCCCCUCUUCCCAACCCCACCCACCACCACUCGAACCCAGUUAUGUUUACAAAGUACAGUACCAUCGCUAGGCUUCAAAACAUUUCCCAGGCUUCAAAUCACUACAAACAGACCCCCUUAUUGGCCGCACAACAGCAACAGUCUCAGGCCCCUACCCCGCCGCCACAAAGCCUCAAGCCUGUAAUGAAUAAUAUGGCAGAAGCUGGUACCAGUCCUCCACCACCCCCACCUCCUCCUCCACCACCUCCUCCAGAGAUGCCAGUGCCAGGGUCAGCAAUGGCGGUGUUAAAGCAUGCCCCCGUAAGUCCCCAUUAUGUUCCCCUUCGACCUUCAGAGGAAGACCUCCUGCCACCUCCAUCUCAUUUACACAGUAAUGGCUUUUUGCCUCCACCACCACCUCCUGAACAGUUAAAAUACCCACCUCCCCUCAGCAACAAUGGGCUCCAAGAGUUCUUGGCUCAGAAGUUCCCUAAUAUGUCCUAUGAAUUUUCACCUGAUCUGCAAGAUGAAGAGCCUCCUCCACCGCCGCCUCCACCACCUCCUCUACCCGCACAGCCUCCAGUGUGUUUUUCGCCACCUCCUCAGCAGUCAGCUGGUCCUCCACCUGCUCCGCCCAAAACAUUCACUGGUGGGUUUCCACCGCAAACUGCUCUAAAACCUGGCCACGGCUUUUCUCCAGUUUCACCCGUGCCACCUCCUUUGUCUCCAACCCCUUCAUCCAGUUUGAAGAAACAGCAGAGCCUCUCCACCGGCCACAGUCCCAGUCAACCUCCACCUACACUUCCCAAGCAGUAUAGCCUUUCUUCAAAAACUCCACCUGUAUCUGCCCCCAUCUCUCCAACCCAGUCACUUGUAAAGCAGAUUGUAAACCAGUUCCCAGACACUCUUGAUGGAUCCAAAGGUCCUGUAUCUCUUCCUGUGGUAAAAAGCAAACCAAAAUGGCAGCCAGGUGGGCAGGCUCAAGCACAGUCACCCGAAUUUCCACCACCUCCACCAGAGAGUACCCUAGAGUUCCCACCACCUCCUCCUCCAAGCCCACCUCCCACCUCCGGCAAGUCUGGGUCACCACUCAAGAAGUCCCCUUCAACAUCAUCAAAUUCCUCUACCGGUUCAGUUGGGAAGAAGCCCCCUCCAACCCCACAGCGUAACUCCAGUAUGAAAGCGAAUGAGGGCCAAGAAUCCAAGAAAGUGGAGGAUCUGGUAAGCAUGUUUGCCCAAACCAGUCAAGCUCCAACCAGUUCUUUGUCAACUCCAUCCUCUACAACGGGAUCACCUUCCAAGGACCCCUCUGGCCCUCGGGCACCACCAAAACCAGGCAAGAUCAACUUGGCUAAUCUGCCUUUGGCUCUCCAGGGGAAACCCAGUCAGUAUCGCCAGUCCGGUGCAGAUUUUCCCUCUCCUCCACCAGAGUUUGACUUUCCCCCUCCUCCUCCAGAUUCAGAGCUCCUGCCUCCUCCACCUCUCCCAUCGGAACUGCAUUCUGGGGCUCCCAAAGUGGCAGUGGUCAAUCCCCAACCUCAACUGCCCUCCAACACAUCCUCAUGGAAGCAAAGCUCUUUGAAGAAAGCACCUCCUCCGACUAUGCAUCGACGCAGCAGCGGCCCACCCGAGCCACUUGCCCUUUCUCCACCUCCGCAACAGAUCCCUAUAUCCUCUUUCAAUUCGCAGAUCCCACCAACCUCCCCCAAGAGCAAUUUGGCUGUCCAGCCCAACUUCCUGGAAGAUCUGAACAGAACUCUAAAGAGGAAAUCCAUGACUCGACAUAGCUCCCUUACCUCCUCCCGAAUCUCUGCCAAACUGGAGCCGGUAGCAACUAUGGACGAUAUGGCCCUCCCGCCCCCUCCUCCAGAGCUGCUGCUGGGCCAGCAGAAAAAGGGUGGCUAUUCGACCGCCAAUAUCUCAGGCUAUGCAACGUUACGGCGAGGUCCUCCACCAGCUCCACCCAAACGGGACCAAAACACUAAACUGACAGGCGAGUGGUAGAUAUGGGACACAUGCCGGGAUACGCUACUCUCCUUUUCCACUCUGUUUAUCUUCAAUGGCUGAACAUGUCUGCAUUCAAAUAAUACUCAUUUUAACCCCAGAUAUAACCACGACGUAAAAAAGCCAGACCAUCUAUAACAUAAGCUUCUCUGCGUAUUUGUGCCGCUUUGCUAUUAAGUGUAUACAAAAAUACUGAGAAAAAAGACUGGUAUUGUUUAUAUAGGUACUGCAUGGACACUGCUGUGAGGAAAGAGGAUAAUGUACAUGUAUAAUAAAAUAUAUAUGUGGAACUCUGGGGUGGGAGGGACUUGUACCUUUUUAUAUGAAAUUAUUUAAUACCUGAAAUAUAUUCUUAUUUUAAAGUUUAGUUUUGAAACCCUUGACUGUAAGCGUUAAACGUGAAUAGAAAAUCAGGGUUGUCGAAUUGAUGCUCGUGUGUGUGUGUGUGUGUGCGCGCGCACGCAUUUUGUCUGAGCGAUUUGGUUGAUCCACUCUCAGUCAGAAGAAAAACGCGAGGGCCGGGUAAUAAUUCCCACUUCGCUUGUGCAAAUCCGACGUGUGGGAAUUGCACUUGUGUAGCAUACGUUCGAAAUGAAGUAUUCUACCGAAUUUUCCACAUUUCCUAAUUUAAAUGGUUUAGAACCUUCCAAUAAUGUGUCAAGAAAAGAAAACGAUUACCAUUGUUAUUGAUAAAUCUGUUAUGUUGUGUUGCUGUGGACCCUGCUUAUUUUCCAUGAAGAUGUUAGAAGAUGAAAAUGAGCCCAUUACCAGUUGAGUACAUCUCUGUGUGUUGCUGGGCUGUGUCUGGGUUGGGAAUGUGCUCUGUCUAUGUUGGUUACAUUACUAUCUAUCUGUACAUACAGUUGCAGUUCCUGACUUUAUCAAUGUGCGUUAGCUCUGCAUGGGUAAAACACACACACUAGGAAGUGAUUCUCUAUGUUUUGAUAUCUCUUGAUAUGCUCCAAUGGCCUCUGUACGCUCUGUAUCCCAUAUCUGGAACAUCCAUGUCAUGGCAAUGCCAAAAAUGUACUGACGUUAUUCCUGCAUGCAUGCUUCCCGUCAUAUGGUUGCCUAAAAUUGCACACCUUUUAGGGUUCCAGGAUCAUAGCCACACAAUAAAAGGUGUCAUGUCAAGUUUACUUGACUUACAAUGCAAAAAAAUUCACUGUGUGCCUACUGUCAUUGUUGUCCAUCUAUCAAACUCGAAUGCGUAGUUUGACGAAAUGUUUGCCUGUUGAUUUCGCAUCUCUGAAAUGCUUGGUUUAGAAGGACUGAGUGAAGGAACGAGAACAGAGCUAAUGCUGCUUCUUAAAGUCAGGAACCUUUUAGUUGAUUAAAUGGCAAAGUGUCUGUUACAUUUAAACUGAACAAUAUAAAUGUGUAAAUCACACCCGAAUGUUGUCCAUGUGCUUGUUCUGUUGAUGUUUCAUUAUCAUUUUAUACUCAAGUAAAACCAUAUGACGUGAUUACCAAAGUUACAAAUUUGCUACUACGGACAUUUCACCCAAAUAUCAUUUUCAUCUUUACUUGUGCAAUGAAAAAAAUAUUUGUUGUGCACUUUAGUGUUAUUCUUUUUAUGACAAAUUCUCAUUACUGUAAUGCAUUAAGACUAUUUAGUUUUAAGUUAUUAUAAGGAGAUCGACAAAUACUUUGUUUUGCUUGUGUCUUUGCAUUACAGUAAUGAAAUUGCUAUGGCACAAUGCUUAGUUUUUGAUGCAUUCUGUGAGAUUCAUUCUCCAUAUACUAUCAAAAGUCAUUUUUUGCUCGUUUUUGUUUUUUGUCUUGUUUGCGAGCACAGUUGUCUAAACAUCCUUAACACGUGAUAUAUUCCCUUGUGUUACAAAAGGUCAGAAGCAUUUCAUUUUAUUUAAACAGGACAUUACAAAGUUGAGAUAGAUCUUUGAAACCAAGACACAAAGUCUUGUUUCAUUUGCUUAUCUCAAGUACAUAU